AUGGCGAACAACGACGAAUACGACUUCCUGUUCAAGGUUGUUCUCAUCGGCGACUCCGGCGUCGGCAAAUCCAACUUGUUGAGUCGAUUCACCCGGAACGAAUUCAACCUCGACUCCAAAUCCACGAUCGGUGUUGAGUUCGCAACGAGAUCCAUUCAGGUUGACACGAAGACGAUCAAGGCGCAAAUCUGGGACACUGCUGGUCAAGAAAGAUAUCGAGCCAUCACAUCUGCCUACUACCGAGGAGCCGUGGGUGCUCUCCUUGUGUACGACAUUAGCAAGCAUCAGACAUAUGACAACGUUACGAGAUGGCUGAAAGAACUCCGAGAUCAUGCCGAUGCCAACAUUGUCAUCAUGCUGGUCGGCAACAAGAGCGACUUGCGGCAUCUGAGGGCUGUUCCCACAGAAGAGGCCAAACAAUUUGCGAGUGAAAACAACUUGUCAUUCAUCGAAACAUCCGCGCUCGAUGCUAGCAACGUCGAACUGGCAUUCCAAAAUAUCCUCACUGAAAUCUAUCGAAUCGUGUCGAGCAAAGCUCUUGACAACGGAGAUGCGGCACAAGCACCUACUGGUGGGGUGAAGAUUGACAUGACUCCGUCGGGUACACCAGAUGCAAAAGGGAACAAGUGUUGCUGA